AUGGAGACCAGUUCUGAUUUAGACAAGAGCAGCAGCAGCAACAACAGUAGUGGUAACAGCAACAGCUCACGUUUGCCUUUAUCAGUGGUUGUGUCUGAUUGCAUCAAGAGGUGGUUUAAAGACACGCUCAAAGAAGCCAAAGCAGGAGAUAUCAAUAUGCAAGUUUUGGUUGGUCAAAUGUAUUAUAGUGGUUAUGGUGUCCCUAAAGAUGGACAAAAGGGAAGAAUUUGGAUGACAAGGGCAUCAAGGACUCGGUCUUGGGUUUGGAAAGUUUCUGAUAAGCAACCAGGUUAUAAUGCAAGUGAUUCAGAUUCGGAUGAAUCGAAUGAUGAUACUUAA